GCUCUCUUCUUUUUUUUGUUUUGGUUAAUAUGCAUAAAUAGUUAAAUAUAACUGCGAUGAACUGUGCACCAGAUCAUCUCAUAUACACAUAUGAAAGUUUACAAAUAUGUUCCUAAAUAAUAUACAGUUUCCCUUUACUAAAUACAUGUUCUUUGUUAUUUCAGCAUGAAUUCUUAUUAGGAAUCAGAAUGAGUGAUGAGGUACAUUCAGCCUCCAUUGCUUUAAAAAGUAACGAUUUGUACAUUUUACAUUAUAAACAGGUGGAUGAUUGAUUUCAUCCUGGUUGGCAAUGUUUUUACGAACAGACACUCGUGCGUAAAACUCAAGGAGCACAUAGGAAAGAGGAUGCAGUUAUUUACUUUACAAUCACUCUAUAGAAACUUGAGAAAAACAUCUAACUCAUUAAACUUUUACAAAUAAAAUACAACCAUAAAAUUAAUAGAAAUCUAUAAUUUGUUUUUCUGGUAUUUUCACUUCCACAUGUCGGGAAUAAAAGUUCGAAAAUCAGAAAAGAACGUCACCAAAUAACUCACUUUCAGUCUCUUACAAUGUGAUCAAAACUGACACAUGCGCAGCCUUUUUUUAACGAUUAAUUUAUUGUUUAUACAAGUUGAAAAUAUUCAUACAAAACUACUUUCGUCGCUGCUCUCCACAAAAAUACACUUCCUGCUGAGGUCAUCGAUCACAUGAUAGUUCAUUGGUGGAACGGAAGUCAGUGGUUGCAUCCAAUGCGCGUCACUCCUCAUCUCAGCACGGAGACAUACUUUCCCUCCAGAGCCUUGGCUCGUUUCCUCAUUCAGCAGGAAGAGGAUUUGUCCACGUUUCAGCACAUUUCACGGCUGCAAACACGGAAUCUGCACGAUGGCGCAUGAUAUACAGCGCGUGUUCUGGAGACGGUACGUUUACGCAUUUCUUUUUGUCGCUGUCAUCACGACCACAGUCUCCGCCGUCAACCACUAUUCAGUUCCCGAAGAAAUGGAGGAAGGAUCCGUCGUCGCUAACUUAGCAACGGAUUUGGGGUUGGACGUGAAGACCCUGAAUAGAAGGAAAAUGCGCGUUGACGCUGUUGGCAACAAAAAAUAUCUCGACAUCAACAAAGAGACUGGAGAGCUGUUUAUACUAGAAAGAAUAGACAGAGAGUUGUUGUGCCCAUCGAAAACCACCACAUCUUGCUUUCUUAAAUUAGACGCUACGAUUGAAAAUCCAAUACGAAUGUUUAAUAUUGAGGUCGAAAUCACGGACAUUAAUGAUAACGCUCCUCAUUUCCGACGAGGAACGAUGCACUUGGACAUCUCUGAAUCCAGCCCCAUUGGAGAGAGAUUCUCGCUGAAUAACGCUGCGGAUCCAGAUGUUGGAACGAAUUCUGUGAAGGAUUACCACCUGAGCUCAAGUGAACACUUCUCUAUUGAAAUUCAAACGGGGAGAGAUGGGACGAAAUUUGCUGAUUUGAUACUUAAAAAAGCUUUAGACAGAGAGAAGCAGACUGUUCAUAAUCUAAUACUGACUGCUGUGGACGGUGGAGUUCCCACGCGCACAGGUACAGCCAGCGUCGUUGUUCGUGUGCUCGAUGUGAAUGACAACGCCCCUUCGUUUGACAAAGACAGAUACGUUGUGCAUGUGAUGGAGAACUCACCGAUUGGAAGUCUAGUGAUCAAACUAAACGCCACUGAUUUAGAUGAAGGCUCCAACUCUGAUAUUGUUUAUUCAUAUAGUUUGUAUACAUCAGAGAGAACACAAAAUGUGUUUAACCUGAAUUCAGGAAACGGUGAAAUCACAGUGAAAGAGAUGAUUAAUUAUGAAGAUAUUAAACUUUAUGAAAUGGAGGUUAUUGCCAGUGAUAAAGGACAAAACUCCUUAUCUGGACAGUGUAAGCUGACGAUACAGGUGACAGAUAUGAAUGAUAAUCAUCCAGAAAUUUCCAUUAAAUCCUUUCAGAGUCCGAUCAAAGAAAAUGUACCAAUAGACACAGUGAUCGCUGUAGUUAGUGUCAGUGAUAAAGACUCUGGUGACAAUGGAGUGGUUGAUCUCCGUAUUCCAGAUAAUAUGCCUUUCAAACUGAGAGAAUCCUCUGAUAACUAUUAUGAAUUAGUGGUGUCAGAGCCGUUAGACCGUGAGAAGGUUCCUGAAUAUGACGUCACUUUCACCGUCACAGACAGAGGUUCUCCUCCUUUAUCUGACAAUGAAACUAUGACUUUAGAGCUGCUGGAUAUUAAUGAUAAUGUUCCACAGUUCCCUCAGUCGUUUUAUACGAUACGUGUGAUAGAGAAUAACGCACCUGGGGCCUUGCUCAGUUCACUCACUGCCUUUGACCCUGACCUCCAUGAAAACCAGUAUCUGGUUUAUUUCAUUCUAGAGAAGGAGAUAGCCAACACCUCCAUGUCCAUGCUGUUCUCCAUCAACCCAGAGAACGGUAAUCUUUACGCACUGAAAACUUUUGACUAUGAGAUCGAGAAGGAGUUUCUUUUCCACAUCGAGGCCAGAGACUCUGGUUCUCCUCCACUCAGCAGUAACGUCACCGUCCAUAUUGUUAUUGUGGACCAGAACGACAACGUUCCGGUUAUCGUGUCUCCGUGGCGCGCGCACGGCUCGGUGGUGGAGGAGAAGAUCCCCAGAUCCACCGAUAAAGGCUCUCUGGUUGCCAAGGUGAUCGCUUUAGACACGGACUCAGUUCACAACUCUCGGAUUACCUACCAGUUUCUACAGGUGACUGACGCCACCUUGUUCAGUCUGGACCAAUACAACGGAGAGAUCCGGACUAUGAGGAUGUUCAGUUACAGAGAUCCGCGCCACCAGAGACUGGUUGUUGUUGCCAAGGACAACGGGGAGCCCGCUCUCUCUGCUACAGUCACCAUCAAGCUGUCCACAGUGGAGACUGUCGUUAAGGCCUACUCUGACAUGACUGAGGUGCCUCUAGAGUACGACAUCUUCUCAGACCUAAACCUGUAUUUGGUGAUCGGUCUGGGCUCCGUGUCGUUUCUCCUGCUCAUCACCAUAUUGGUCACCAUCGUGCUCAAAUGUCAGAAACCCAAGCACAGCAAUGCGGCUCCUUCCUGCAGGAACAGUGUGAUCAGUGAGAGGAACUCCACCAUCGCAGAUUCCACUCUGGUCUCCAACGAUGCCUACUGGUACAGUCUGUUUCUGGCAGAGACCCGGAAAGGAAAGAUGGUGGUCAGACAGCCUGUGCCAAAGGGCUCCAGAUACAUCGUGUCCAGUAUACCGAGAGGAACAGGACUCACAGACACUAGCGACUCAGCAGCUUCUACUUUGCAGUACCCUAAAUGAGGGAAGUCCAUUCUGCAGUUGGAGGGCUCCACCACCAGCAGCGGCAGCCGCAGCUCCACGUAAGGACACACACCUCCGACUGCAUCCCGCAUCUAUGCUGACAUGACGACAUCACACGAGGAAAAGAGGAAACCCCCGACCCUUGCACAGCCAUCUCCAUCCUGCUCGGUCCAGUCCCUGUUCCUGUUCCUGUUUCUCGCACUGUGCAGUUGUCAUGCUUCAACACCGAACAGACUGUGGUGGAUAAUCAACGACGCGACCCUCCCCCUCUCUUUCUUUAAGCACAUACAAACCCAAUCAAUAACGUCUCUCUGUCCAUUCAAUAUGCAUGAGACUGCAGACUGCACGGCUUCAAUCACACUCCAAGACCUUCAAAAAAUGUAAUUUCAAGAGGAGAAAUUUGCAAAGGAGACUGUACAUUAAAAUUGCACCAGUGGAUAUUCAAAGAAGCCACAACAAGGACUAUUAGAGUGAACACGGGAAUGGUGACAUGCCUUUAAGAGACUGUUUUCCCUCUCUAAAAAAGAAACACAUGUUAAUAUUACAUUUCUUACCUCUGUGCUUUGUCUUGCUCCAUAACAGCAUUGAUGUAUUGUGUAUGUAUGUGUAAGUUAACAAAGAAGUGAAACAGCACAAUUAACUAAACGUGAGAAAAGCACCAACCUAAUAUUUUAAAGUGUGAAACUAAAGGGAUUCAGUAUUUUAUAAAUGUGGUAGCAUUUAGUAGUUUGUUUUGUACUUGACUUUGGGCUUUAUAUGUGAGCUAUAGGCCUACAUAUAUGAAUGAGUGCUAAGAGAUUUAUAAAUUAAGUUUACCAGUACGUCAGCCAUUAUGUGUUAUAUCUGCCUUUUCAGUUGUUUUUGCAUGGAAUGAUCAAAGUACUUUUAUAGUUUUAGGUAUUUUAUGAUAUUGAGCAAUCCAUUGUCUAGAGUUAGACAUCAUCUGUUUAGUCUUUUUCUAAACAAGAUAGAGGACCACAGUUUAUGGGACCAUGAUAUGAAGUACAAGAGUGUUAAACCUCCUUUUUACAAAGUCCCAAGAUUUUCAGAGACGGUCAACACAUCUGUAAUCUCAGUCUGACAAGAGGAGAAUAGCUGUCAGUGGUGGGACAUUUUUUGGGGAUUUAGAAAGUUAAGUGUGCUCUCAGCUUAAACUUAAGUAUACAGUGUGCUUGAAUGUUUUGUCCACUCAGACAUUACUGGAGAAUAUGACUGUAGGUGAUUAAAAUGAAGACAGUGAGUCUUUGAAGAUGGAUUGAUUAAUUUCUCAGUGUUAGUACUGUGUACAGAUAACAAACAUUUUAAUUUGUUAAAGCCAAAGUCUGGAUGUUCCUUGAUUUCGACAUCUUCUGAGUUUGUGUAACAAGUUGAAAACUCAUGACGACUUAAUACUGAAACAACUUAGUCGUGAUUUGAUGCCACUCAAUGAAAGCUGUGCUCAUGUGUAUGACUAACUUCCUUAUGUAUCUGCAUAUGCAAAACAUAUAUAGGGAUAUAUCAUAUAUCAUAUAUCUGUAUCUAUACAUCUGCCUUUUCACUCGAACAAAAUCAGUGCAACAUGUGCCAUCCGAUUUAUGGGCCAACACCUGUGUGAAAGCAAAACAACAGUAGUCAAACUCUUUAGCACAGCUCACAUUGCAUUACCUGUAUAAAGUUUUAAUGUGUUACAGGAAACAUACAGCGUCUGCAUUUGUAUAGUGGUGCGUUCAUGGUGCAAUAUGUAGUGACUUGUAAAAUGUGAGCUUAUUGUAUGCUAUGGUCUGGUCUGUAUGAUCUAAUAAAUACAGAAACCUACAUAGAAAAUGCUAA